UCUCUGUACCUACAUGACGGCGAAUAAAAUGAAGACGAUGACUACACUACAAGAAUGGGUGUAGUCGAUACUGAUACCAGAGUACCAGCAGGUUCUCGGUCUUGGUGGCGUCCCAGCUGACGGCUGACAUGUUGACCUGCUGGUACAGGUCUAAAAUGUGACCCAGACUGUCUCGCACAAAAGCCAGCUUGCACGGCGCCUGCAUGGACACACCUGGUCAGCGUCUGUGCUGAUUGGCAGAGGACACAGGAAGUGGGCGCACUUUGACUCAACUCACCUGAGACGUUGCGGCCAAUCUGUAAAGUGUUCUCGGGAACGGAAGUGGACUGUCCUCCUCCGUCAUGGGACCGCCCUGGAACAAAGAAGACAUUGGUUCAGGUCCAGGUGAGGGGACCUCAUGACCCCUGAAGACCCCAAAGUCUGGCGCUACCUACCAGGUCCUGGACCAGAGACUGACACCUGUCACUCAAGUCCAUGUAACGUCUCAGCCAAUCACAGCAGAGGGCGGGGAGGAACACGGCGUAGAGGAUGAAGACCACCUGUGUGGGUCUGCCCAUGAUGAUGAUGAUGAUGAGGACCAGGACCAGGACCAGGACCAGAAGAUCAGUCUUGCAAUAUCCAUCAUGCUGAUGUGUGUGCACUUAUAUUGGAGACGGGAAAAAGAAAGCUGGUGUGAUGGAGGUGGACAUCUUGGAGUUUGUGGUGCCGGUGGAGAACAACAAAUGUGUCUUUGUAUGGGACAUCGAGGCAAACUUCACGGAGGCUCACAUCUAUGAGGGCUUAUAUGCCAUCUUCUCCUCCUUCGGACCCCUCUACCUGCUGAAGGUGUGCCCUAACGCCCCCAUGAGCGCGCCCGGCUUCUACGCCCUCAUCAAGUUCUACUCUGCUCUUCAUGCCCAAAAAGCCCAGCAGCACACAGAUGGACACUCACUCUUCCAGAACUCUCCUCUCAAGGUGAGGCUCAGCUCCAAGCGGGGACCUCACUUCCUGUCCCGCUGCAGACCUCUGAGCCACGCCCACUGUGUGGAGUUGGCCAAUCAUUGCCUGGGAUUCAACGGCUGGACCUCUGACAUCAUCACACUGAAGGAGCUUCCUGCUGAUGAAGAGGAGGAAGAGGAGGGUGAGGGCGGGGCCAAGCGUCAACAGCUGAGGUUGGGCUGCCUACUGCAGCUGUCCUUCCCCCGUCAUGGCGUGACAACCCGGGGAGUGGCGCUGGUGGAGGACAGCGUCACCUGCACAGGUCCUGAUGCGGUGUUGCAGACGCGCCGUAAGCUACACAGGAUGGCGAGAGACAAAGCGCUGAGUCAGGCCUUCUCUGCAGUUCUGCUGGUGCUGCUAGGUGACGGCAAAGUGAUGGUGGAGCUGCGACAAACGUCAGAGCAUCUCUUCUCUGAGGACACUGUGGGAUUGGUCCAGGUCAGAGACUGGGACCAGCAUUGUGAUGAAGAUGACGAUGUCGUCCAUCAGGCGACACUGUUUCCUGCUGAAGAAGACGAGUGUGGUGAUGAAGACUUGGACCUGACUGUGUGGUAGACACCUGGAUGUCAGGUUCAUGCUUGCUCUCCAUUCUUCUCACUUUCACACUUUUGUCCUGUUCGCUUCGAUGUGAUAUGAAACUUUUAACGCUGACCAUUUCAAAUAAAACUCUUUCAUAUUCCUGUCUACUACCGGCAA